AUGUCUCUCCUCGGAAAGAAGUUCCCCGGCAUGCUCGGUGUCAUUGUCCUCUACGGCGUCAACUCUCUGCAGAACGUUCUGUCCAACACUCGACUCGGCCGGUUCUGGCAUCGUUCGCGACUAUUCGAGUUCAUCACCAUACUCCGAUAUCGCCCGACCGCACGCUCCUUGACCUCUGAAUGGCAUCGACUGACAAUCGAAUCUUUAGCUGCCGAGUUCAAGAACGACCCCCGCAACCCCAACGCCAAGGCCGGCAACUCUCACUAA